AUGGAAGAGCUCACCGCCUUCGUGUCGAAGUCUUUCGAUCACAAAGUCAAGGAGAAGAAGGAGGUGAUCACCUACCGGGAGGUGUUGGAGACCGGCGCGGCGAGAGCGGCCGGUCGCGGCGGGGAGCCCUUAGCACCGGAGCCCGGGAGCAGGGAGGAGGCGGCGGUCGUAGCCCGGAAUGUGGCGCUCUCGCCGGGAAGGGAGACGGACGUGCUCGGGUCAGAGAGGACCAGGGACGCCGGGAGCCCCAAACUCAUUGACGGCACCACGGAUGUGAAGGAGAGAAAAGAAGAGUCCGGGAAACCCAUGGAGGACGAAGCGCAGACCAAAAUCAAGCAGAGGAGAAGUCGGACUAACUUCACGUUGGAGCAGCUUAACGAGUUAGAAAGGCUCUUCGACGAGACGCACUACCCGGACGCCUUCAUGCGGGAGGAGCUCAGCCAGAGGCUUGGCCUGUCUGAAGCCCGCGUGCAGGUUUGGUUCCAGAACAGAAGAGCCAAAUGCAGGAAGCAGGAAAACCAGUUACACAAAGGCGUCCUGAUCGGAGCAGCCAAUCAGUUUGAGGCUUGUCGUGUGGCACCAUACGUCAACGUGGGGGCUUUACGGAUGCCCUUCCAACAGGAUAGUCAUUGCAACGUGCCGCCCUUCUCCUUUCAGGUGCAGGCACAGCUGCAACUGGACAGCGCCGUGGCACAUGCGCAGCACCACCUGCACUCGCACCUGGCCGCGCACGCCCCCUACAUGAUGUUCCCGGCGCCGCCUUUCGGCCUGCCUCUGGCCACGCUCGCCGCCGAGUCGGCGUCGGCAGCGUCCGUGGUGGCUGCCGCCGCUGCUGCUAAAAACACCAGCAAGAACUCGAGCAUCGCUGACCUGAGACUCAAGGCCAAGAAACACGCGGCGGCGUUAGGCCUGUGA